AUGAUGAUGCUGAUGCUAACUAACCCCCUUCUCAAGAAUUUCGCCCAGACAGGUGGUCUUGUGCACCUGCCUGGACGUUUUCUCGAGGCCACCCCUGAGUGUACUGAGUGGAUGUCGCAAAAAUCCAGCAGAAAGAGCAGUUCCGAGACCGCGCCGACUGCGUCCUCCGUGACCUCCCAACAACUUUACACUGGACAUCCGGGGCUCGGAAGAGCGGUCUACGAGGAGGUUCAUGUAGCUCGGCUUCUUCGGGGCAAAAAUGGAUUUGGCUUCGCGAUUAUGGACAAGAGUUUUACCAACGAGCCUGGUAUUUACAUAAAACAACUGGUUGAAAACGGUCCCGCCAUGCUGAAUGGCACCCUUCGAGCUGGCGACCGUAUCAUCCGGGUGGAUUGGCACGACGCUUUGCAUGCCAACUACGAGUCCGUCCUCGAAUGGCUCCGUUCUGCAAGGCAUCAGGUCAGUUGA